AUGAGCCAAAUCCUAUCGGUCGUGGUCUCUAUACUCUUCAUGUUUCCGGCGCCAGAAGCCCAGCAUUGCUUUUCAGCAUCGCAUUGCUGCAACGAGAGCGAAGUUGAACAUUUGGGGACACAUUUCCAGAGGACAACCAGGCACACCCAGUCGGUGGCUUCUUCCAGUGGAUGCCAGGCCAUUUCCGAUGGAUUAGACAGGCAACGCUCCAUUUCCCCAUGGGAAUACGUAGAAGACCACGACCCUUCCCGCUACCCACAAAGCAUCUGGAACGCGAAAUGCAGCUGCCUUUCAACUUGUAUCUCCUUGAGUUGCUGUGUGAAACAAGGCAAUCGAAAUAUCUACAGCAAGCCGGUCUUCCAUGGAAACUCUGUCCCAGUUGAACACUACACCCUCGUCUUUUACCGGACACCUUGUCCUGGGGCUGAUGGACUCUACUACCUGAAGGCAGAUGUGUACAAGAUGAACGUGUCUUGCACAUGCAUGGUACCAGAGAACGGCAUGUGUCACAAUAGUGCGGAUCGGUGCCACCACGCAGGCUUCCCAAACACAAGGCAGGGGAUGUAA